AUGCCUUUCAUCAAACCAAGCACCCUGGGACAAGACUAUGAGAUCCAGUACCAAGAGGCUAAGUGGGUGAGCACUUCUCUGAGUUGGAUGAGGUGGGAUGCAGCCUUGAAUGCUGGCUUCCGCAGACUCUUCAGCUACAUCCAAGGCAGCAAUCAAGGCAAGGUCAAAGCGGACAUGACGGCACCUGUGACUUGUCGUGUGGACCCCGGAGCCAGCCCUGCAUGUGAAUCUCAGUUCACAGUAUCGUUCUACAUCCCUGAGGAGCAUCAGGUCAAUCCACCAGAGCCUAGUGACCCAGACGUGUUUGUAGAGCACCUGAAAGAGUAUAGUCUCUGUUACGACAGCCUUUUCAAACUGAUCAACUGCAGGAAUGAGGUCUGGAUCCUUAAGAAGGAAAAGGAGCAGUUGGGAGUUCAAAGGUUAUGCAACACCCUACCCACUGCAUUUUAAUACUUACAUUUAGGAAUUAAGAUUUCAUAUGAUCAGGCCACAAUUUAACAUUACUAAACCUAAAAGUUUCCACAGUGGGGUAAUAUGUCCAGCAGAGGGCGCCAAGUAUUCAGAAGAUUUCUCUCAUUUGGUGCAAACCAUAACUGCCUCUUCACUUUUUAAAGAAUGCCUAGCUGAAAAACGACUUUUCUGCCUUUGUUUACUUUGAUAUUUGCAAAUUUUAUUCAGUAACUUCUAAAUGUCAAAUAUUUAAUACUUAGUUGUAAUUAUGUGUUA